GGGGCUGCUCAGCUCCAGGAACGACCGGAAGUGAAUCGGCCCUGCGGCGGCCGCAGCAGCGGGAGCCGACACAGAGGACGCUGGCCUUGUGGCCCCAGAAGUGGCGGAGCGGGCCGAAAACCGACAGGACUUGCCCAUUCGGAAGCUCGGUUCUGAGCUGGGCAGGAUGGAUCUGCACCAGCCUGGCACUGGCCGCUACCUGGUGCUCCACAAUGAAGAGGAUAAUCCAGAAUCAUCUGCUAUAGAGCAGCCAUCAACUUCAAACGCAGCACCACAAACAGUACAGAUUGCUCCUUCAACACCUGUGGUUGAUACUGACUCUUCACCUCCACCUUACAGUAGUAUUACUGUGGAAGUACCUUCAACUUCAGAUUCAGAAGUUUAUAAUGAAUUUUAUCCUGUGCCACCUCCCUACAGUGUUGCUACCACUCUACCUACAUAUGAUGAAGCUGAGAAGGCUAAAGCUGAUGCAAUGGCAGCUGCAGCAGCAGAAACACCUCAAAGAAUCCAGGAAGAAGAGUGUCAACCAAGAGAUGAUUUCAGUGAAGCAGACCAACUUAGAGUGGGUAAUGAUGGCAUUUUUAUGCUGGCAUUUUUCAUGGCAUUUAUUUUCAACUGGCUUGGGUUUUGCUUGUCAUUCUGUAUAACCAAUACCAUAGCUGGAAGGUAUGGUGCUAUCUGUGGAUUUGGUCUUUCAUUGAUAAAAUGGAUCCUUAUUGUCAGGUUUUCUGAUUAUUUUACUGGAUAUUUCAAUGGGCAGUAUUGGCUUUGGUGGAUAUUUCUUGUACUGGGGCUCCUCCUUUUCUUCAGAGGAUUUGUUAAUUAUCUGAAAGUGAGAAAUAUGUCUGAGAGUAUGGCAGCUGCUCACAGAACAAGGUAUUUCUUCUUAUUGUAAAGACUGCAUUGACCAGACAUUCCUUUCCUAUGCCAAUGUGAAAUAUCCAGAUGAUUUAUAAGCCAACAACUUUAAUAGAAGACUACUAAGAACAGAAGAAGGAUACAGCUUCAAAACUGAAUGGCAGGAUGGUUUAUGCUUAAAAGUAAUUUUGUUCAUUAUCUUAAAUGUUUAUAUUUCGUUUGUUUUGCACAUUGGUAUAUGUGCUUACUUAAAAGAUCUACAUAUGCUUGAAAUAACCAUAAAGUUAAUAGUCAAAUACAGUUAAUUUGGUCAACCAGUGUUCAGUAUCAUUGAAAACUUAAGUGAUAGUCUUCCAGCAUGUAAAUGCCACUGACUUCUGACCUGACAUUUAUUAUAAUAAAUAUUAUUAGUCAUGUCAAAUGAUCUACUUUCUGGCUCUUAGAUUUAUCUAGUAACUUUCCACAAAAAAAAUAUCUUCUGUUAUAUAUGUAGUUUCUUGAAAUCUGCAGUGUUGUUAGAUUUUUGACCAUUAUAUUUACAUUAUUCAGUAAAAUUUGUUCUGUAGAUAACCAUGAGUAAAUUACUAUCUCCGUUGCUUUCUUAGAAAUUGUAUCUAGGUAUAUUUUCAUUAACUUUAAAUUAAGUGAACUUAAUAAAUGUCUGUAUAUAAAUUAGGUGUUAAAGAUAUAGAUUGCUUUAGGACAAAAUUUAUGAAAAUAUUAGUGUACCAAAUGAUCUUUACAAGAAAAGAAUUUUUCUUAAGGAUUCUAGGGAUUCUCAAAUGAGGACCUUAAUUUUCUUAGCAUUAUCCGUCUUAGAGAUUUUUGCAGGCAGCAAUUUUAUUAGAUAUAUUAAUUUCAUUUAAGAUGCUUUUGAAAAAAACUUGUCAUAAUUUUUCUCAUUUGCAGUUGAAACCAAUAAAAGCAUCCUUUGAUGUCAUUGUAAAAUUUUUUAUUUAGAUGUUUAAGUUUAGCAAAUAAAAACUCAUACUAUUAAUAACUUCUUGCUUUAUUAUAAUAGGAUUAACCUGUAAAACUCAUGUCCUAAAUAAGAUCGCAAACUAUGCUUUCAAGUUAUGAAAAUAUGUUCAUUUGUGGAGUUUAGGGUAAGGUGUGUAUGCAAUGUGUAUGCUUACUGAGAAUGAGUGUAUGUAGGGGUGUAGGUUGGGGCUGGAAAUUAAAAAUGGAUGAUAAUAACCUUAUAACUGGAAUCUACAUUCAUUACUAUUGUGUUUUGCUUCUUGCAAAUAGUUUUUUUAUCUCAUUUGUUUGUUUUCAGUUAUAUCUUUACUUUUGAGUGCCAGCAUUAACAAUUUUAAGAAUUCUAUCAUCUUUUAAACUUAUAAGUCAUUUAAUUCAGCCAUAUAAAACAUACUAAAAUUGGUUGCUCCUUUAUUGUUAGUGACUACUGCAAGAAGAUUUGUCUAAAUGUUCAGGGACAUUUUUCCAGUUCUUAAAAAUCAAUUUACCAUGCUUUAUAACCUCUUUUGUAUUUCUGUAUUAUCUGAUUUUUUUUCAUUGUCUUUGAUAAAUAAAAACAUCCUUUUUUGUUUUGCUA